CUCUGAGAGUGUAACAGAGAGAGCGAGAGAGGGAGUUUCUUCCCUUUUUUCUUUCUCUCUUUCUUUCCAAGUUUUGUAGAAUUAGUAGGCCAAAUGGGGCAUUGGGUUCAUUCCAAUUCCAUCGUUUCUUUAUACUUUUGUGUGAUGGUUUUGGCAGUUGUUUGCUGCUCCGCCAAUGGGUGCGAUUUGUUUGCAGGCAAGUGGGUUUUGGAUCCAUCUUAUCCUCUUUACUCAGCCUCUGCUUGCCCUUUCAUUCAAAAGGAGUUCAGUUGCCAGAAGAAUGGACGCCAAGAUCUGGUCUACACUCACUACCGAUGGCAACCUCUCGAUUGCUCCUUGACAAGAUUUGAUGGAUUGAAGUUCCUAGAAAAGUUUAGAGGGAAGAGCAUAAUGUUUAUUGGAGACUCUCUAAGCCUAAAUCAAUGGCAAUCAUUGACAUGCAUGCUGCACUCGGCUGUUCCUACUGCCCGAUACAACCUUACCAGAGUCAAUUAUGUCAGCACCUUCGCAUUUCUGGAUUUUGAAGUAAAAGUAAUGCUGGAUCGAAAUGUAUAUCUGGUAGAUGUUGUGAUGGAAAGGAUUGGAAGGGUUUUAAAGCUUGACUCCAUCCAAUCUGGGAAGCUAUGGAUUGGGAUUGACAUGCUCAUCUUCAAUACUUGGCAUUGGUGGAAUCGUCAUGGUCCUACUCAACCAUGGGAUUUUAUCGAAUAUGGGGGUGUGAUUAAAAAGGAUAUGGAUCGAAUGCAAGCUUUCGAAAUAGCUCUCAACACAUGGGCGGGAUGGGUGGAUGCCAACGUUGAUCCUUCAAGAGAUCAAGUAUUUUUCCAGGGAAUUUCUCCUUCCCAUUACAAUGGGACUUUGUGGGGUGAAGCAAAAGCAAAGAGCUGUGUAGGGCAAAAGCAGCCAUUGCUCGGCACAACAUAUCCCGGAGGUUUGCCACCGGCGGUGGAUGUGGUAAAGAGAGUAAUAAACAAAAUGAAGAAGCCGGCGAAGUUGCUUGAUGUGACACUGCUGUCUUUGCUACGCAAAGAUGGACAUCCUUCCAUUUAUGGGCUUAGUGGAUCCACUGGCUUGGAUUGCAGCCAUUGGUGUCUAGCGGGAGUUCCAGAUACAUGGAACGAGCUUCUUUACAAUCUUAUUCUUUGAAAAGCUUUCAUUUGUCAAAUUUAAUAAUAAAAGCAAUAAUCUAAGAUGAAGAAAAUAGAGAUUAAAGAUUAAUGCAA